AUUGUGGAAGCGACGGGCUGGCUCUGCAGCCAUUGAUGCGCUUUAUUUCCAAGAGGACAAACCGACAUUAAUUCUCCUAUAUUUGCGAUUUUCUGUCAGCUGGAGCCAUGGUUUCUCACUCUCUCGCCCUGCCGAUGAUCUGCUUCACCACGCUAUGGGCCCUGGUGGGCGUCGUGGCUCCGUUUUUAGUGCCUAAAGGACCCAACCGGGGUGUGAUUGUCACCAGUCUCAUCCUCACAGCGGUCUGCUGUUACUUGUUUUGGUUGAUAGCCAUUCUGGCCCAAGCCAACCCUCUGUUUGGCCCUCAGCUGAAGAAUGAAACUAUAUGGUAUCUGCGCUACUUCUGGGAGUAAACAAGGACCGUGUGACGUGCUGCCUCUCAUCAUUCCUAUCACGUGGUUGGCUGGACUUUAUUUCAACAUAACUCCUAUCCGUUCAACAUCCCCACACACACACACACACACACACACACAAUCUGCAGACUUAAUGAAACAUCAACUGAAAAGUCAGUUUUCUUUGCAACCUUUGGAAAUAUUUACAAUUAUGUACAGUACCUGGAAUUUAAGAUUUAGAGUGUAUUAAGACACAUGUUGUGGGUUUUAAAACAAGGAGAAUAAUACAUCUUGUGACCCGGAUACAAAUCAGAGGAAAGCAUUGAGUGUUUGUUUUUUGUUUUUUUUUUACUGAUCAGAAUGAUUUCCAGUGAAACCGUUGUCAUCUGUUAGGAGUAGAUAUUAAUCUUCCGUCUGUGAAAUGUGCAAUCUUUAGGUACUUUAGUUUAAUUUGUUUGCUUGUUUGUUUAAAUUUUUGUGUCGCUGCCAUCAGGGAUCAUUAAUUUCUCAGUAUUUGUAUUUAUUUUGACCCGCGGACACUGAUGUAAGCGCGUCGUAAUUACCUCAGAGUCCGCACGGUCUUGUUAUAUAACUGUUAUUAUCUGUGAUGUAAUGGUGUGUGUGAGAGUGUGUGUGUGUGUGUGUGAAGAGUUCAUUACUGUGAGUGCUUGGACCGCGGCCAUGAGAAGCUCCCAAAACCACGAAAUUGAAGAGCGAUUCCCUCCACUUUAGACCACUUCAGCAUGAAACUCCCUCCCACACUCCCCUCAUGCUCUUCACCGCGGAGGUUCUCGUUGCCAUGGUGAUCUCAUCGCCCAAUUCAGUCCCUUUCCACUAGACCCCCUCUUUGAUGAAACCGUGCCCAUUCAUGCCAGCUUGUGUACAGAUGUACUGUAGGCUGUACUGUAGGGACAUGUUUUUGGAUUGAAGCUGCUGAUAAAUUUGGCCAUAAUAUCCACGAUCUUCAUUGUUCAAGUACUUUUCCCAUAUACAAUCAGCCUGUACAGCAAAUUCAUCAUUUAAACUAAAAAGCUAAAGCUUUUCAGUAGCAGAGUAGCAGAGAAAAUAGCCGCUUUAAAAUGGAUUCACAUACCAGAAAACAAAGCAAUGAAAAAAAGUGCAUUUAACAAAACAAAGUGUUCAUUCAUUGUGUGUUUUCAAGACAUUUUCAGUAGCUGUAAUCUGUUGGAAACUACCCGUUUAUAUCAGUGGUGGAUGCCUCUGCCUGGCUGGUGUUGGAUAUUUAAUCAAAGGCCAACAAUGUCCCAGUACAUAAGAUCAAAGUGCGGUCAAUCUCUAAUUUGUAGUUUCAUGUCGAUUAGGCUAAAUAAUUAAUUGUUUUCUGCGGAUAGAAAGUAAGACAAGCUGGGUUUUUCCAAA